GAGAUAGAAAAUGACGAACAGUCUUUAAGCGCCCAAAACAUUCACAUAUACAAAUACUUCAAUGACAGUACGACGUUAGAAGACUGUAUAAUUACAUUUUACGAAAAUUUUCAAAAGAAGUUUAACAUUGAAGUACAAACUUUACAGCCUUUACGUGAUUUUCUUGCAGAACUGAAAGAAGAAGGAAUUGUAGAAAGAUUAAUAGCUUUUCAUUACGAGUUUGUAACAAAUGAAGAUGGAACACAUGACUGUCAAUUCAUUGUAUUCUCACCAUUCAAUGAAGUAGCUAAAAAGAAAAAAAAUCCAUUACGUAUAAGAUUUCAAAUCUCUGAACCAAGUGAUGAUUUCAAGAAUGUUUUCAAUUAUGAUGCAAUGCUUCCGAGGAAAAAUGAUUUUUCCGAAAUUAGAUUUCCAGGCAUUUGGGAUAGAAAGCAAGCUAUAUUAUAUUCAAACUUAAGUAAGGGAGUUGAAAAUGAGUUCAUUGGUCAUACAAGAACUUCACCACUUCCUAACCCUAAAUACUAUAAAUUAACUGGCUUCAAUCGUGAGUUUUGGAUAGACAUGUUCUCCACUCAUGACCAUAACUGCCCAGUGUUCUUACCUCCAGACCAUAAGGACUGUCUCUACAUUGAAGCACAACUCUUAAACUCUACCAUCGCAGUAUUGUAA